AUGCAUUCCCAUCUCCAUACUCCCGAAAACAUAAACUGCGAGGAAAUCAUGAAUGCCCUAGACGAAUGCCACUCUCGCGGAUUCUUAUGGAAAGCCAUGGGCCAAUGCAACGACAUCAAACGCGACGUCAACCGAUGUCUCGGCGCCGAACGAGCGAAGCGCGCAAAACAGAAUCGUGACCAGGCGAUGGAAAGGAGGGCGAGGGUUGAGAAGCUUUGGGCUGAGGAGAGGUUGCGGGAGCAGGGCGAGACAUUGCAGAAGCAAUGA